AUGGAUUUCGAGGGGAAGGAUGCGAACGGGUCGAGCUGCUUGUCCCGGAACGAGAGCGACCGCGGACUGAGCGCCUCUUCCUCUGGACUGUCCACUGCGCUGGCCAGCGUGCUGAUCUUCACCAUCGUGGUAGACAUCCUGGGCAACGUCCUCGUCAUCCUGUCCGUGUACAGGAACAAAAAGCUCAGGAACGCAGGCAACAUCUUCGUGGUGAGUUUGUCUGUAGCAGACCUGGUGGUGGCAUUGUACCCCUACCCUCUGGUCCUGACGGCCAUCUUCCACAAUGACUGGACCAUGGGUGACCUGCACUGCCAGGCCAGCGGCUUCAUCAUGGGCCUAAGCGUCAUCGGCUCCAUCUUCAACAUCACGGCCAUCGCCAUCAACCGCUACUGCUACAUCUGCCACAGCCUCCACUACGACCGCCUGUACAGCCUGAGGAACACCUGCUGCUACCUGGGCCUCACCUGGCUGCUCACCGCCAUCGCCACAGUGCCCAACUUCUUUGUCGGCUCACUGCAGUACGAUCCCCGCAUCUACUCCUGCACCUUCGCCCAGACCGUCAGCUCAUACUACACCAUCUCAGUGGUGGUGAUUCACUUCCUGAUCCCGCUGCUGGUAGUGUCCUAUUGCUACAUGAGGAUAUGGGUGCUGGUGAUUCAAGUGAAACAUCGGGUUAAACCGGAGCAAAGGACCAAACUGAAGCCUAGUGAUGUGAGGAACUUCCUGACUAUGUUCAUGGUGUUUGUGUUGUUUGCAGUAUGCUGGGCUCCACUGAACCUCAUAGGCCUGGCUGUAGCUAUAAACCCUGUGAAAGUUGCGCCCAACAUACCUGAGUGGCUAUUUGUCACAAGCUACUUUAUGGCGUACUUCAACAGCUGCCUCAACGCCAUCAUAUAUGGACUACUGAACCAAAACUUCCGCAAAGAAUACAAGACCAUCCUUCUUGCUCUUUGCAUCCCACGGUUGCUCCUCAUGGAGACCUCCAGGUGUGCCACGGAGGGACUGAAGAGUAAGCCUUCACCGGCUGUAACAAACAACAAUGUAGCGGAGUUAAAUGUAUAA